UCCCUGUAGUUUUCUACCCGGCCUAUUCACCAUCAAAGAGAAAACCCAACCUGCAACUACCCCUCUACAGCGUCAAAAGAAAAACCUUGGUCCGCUCCUUGCAAGUGUGGCAAGGAGCAAUGCAUUCUCGGUCUGUGCUAGCCCUGGGUCUGCUCCUGCUGUUGAGCCUCGACGGAGAGGUGGCCCUGGCGGCGGAAGACGGCCAGUUCGCCUACCAAGGUUUCGUCACCGCGAACCUCACGCUGGAUGGCCUCGCCACCGUCAUGCCCAACGGCCUCCUGUUGCUCACCGAUCCGGUCACGGAGUACAAGACAACAGGCCAUGCCUUCCACCCUGCACCACUCCGCUUCCUCAAAAGUUCCACCACGUCGUCGACGACGACGACGACGACGAACAGCACCGCCAUGGCGCGGUCCUUCUCCGCGACCUUCGUGUUUGCCAUUUCGUCCAGGUACGAUGGCCUGACCAGCUAUGGGCUUGCGUUCGUGGUCGCGCCGACCUCGAACCUCUCAGCAGCAAACGGCGGGCGGUACCUGGGCCUCCUCAACGCGACAAACGGCACGGCGAGCGACCGGAUCUUGGCGGUCGAGCUCGACACCAUCAUGGACGCUGCGUUUCGCGACAUCAACAGCAACCACGUCGGCAUCAACGUCAACAGCCUCAUCUCACGGCAAGCCAAGCCGGCUGGGUACUACAGCGACGAGAACGGCGUCUUUCAAGACCUGAGGCUAAACAGCCGCCAACCGAUGCAGGUGUGGGUGGACUACAACGCCCAGGCCAGGCGAUUAAACGUGACAUUAGCACCCAUCCAGGUACGAAAGCCUAGAAAUCCUCUGCUCUCCGAGGUCAUCGAUCUCUCCGCGGUCACGACGGACAAGAUGUACGUCGGCUUCUCGGCUUCUGCAGGUCUCAGUAUAGGCACGCACCACUAUGUCCUUGGAUGGAGCUUCAGCUUGGACGGACCUGCCCCGCCGCUAGACUUCUCCAAGCUUCCCUCCUUGCCACGCCUGGGACCCAAGCCUCGGCCCAAGAUAUUGGAUGCCGUGCUGCCACUAGUCACCACAUCCCUUGUGAUUGUAGUGCUAGCUGCCGUCUUCUUCUUCUUGUGACAUAGGCGUCGAUUCACUGAGGUGCGAGAGUAUUGGGAGGAAGAGUUCGGCCCAUAUCGGUUCACAUACAAGGAUUUAUUUCACGCCACGGAGGGGUUCUCUGAUAGGAAUUUGCUUGGCGUAGGAGGAUUCGGAAGAGUGUAUAGGGGAGUUCUUUCUGUGUCCAAUUUAGAGGUUGCCGUGAAGAGAGUGUCACAUGAUUCGAAACAAGGAGUAAGGGAGUUCAUUGCGGAGGUGGUGAGCAUUGGCCGUCUCCGCCACCGAAAUCUUGCGCAGUUGCUAGGCUAUUGUCGGCGAAAGGGUGAACUUCUCUUGGUAUAUGACUACAUGGAAAAUGGCAGUCUUGACAAGUACUUGUACAACGAAAACAAGCCAACUCUACAUUGGGCCGAGAGGUAUCAGAUCAUCAAAGGUGUUGCAUCAAGCUUGUUGUAUCUUCAUGAGGAAUGGGAGAAAAUCGUCAUACAUCGAGAUAUAAAAGCAAGCAAUGUGCUCCUGGACAGACAAAUGAAUGGACGACUUGGUGAUUUUGGUCUAGCAAGGUUAUAUGACCAUGGCACAGUUGCUAAAACAACACAUGUGGUGGGCACCAUGGGAUAUCUUGCACCAGAAAUUAUACGCACCGGAAAGGCAACGCCCUUAACAGAUGUGUUUGCAUUUGGCGUGUUUCUCCUAGAGGUCGCCUGUGGGUGUAGGCCAAUUGGUAGCAGCAAGAACAACACAGAGAUAGUGUUGGUGGAUUGGGUGCUUGAACACCACGGCAAUGUCUCAAUUCUCGACACAGUAGAUCCUCGACUCAUGGGGAAUUUCAACAUAGAGGAAGUCACUCUCGUGCUCAAACUAGGUUUAUUAUGCUCAUACCCAUCACCCAGUGCAAGGCCUAGCAUGCAAAAGGUCAUGCAAUACCUGGACCGUGGAGAGUCAAUUCCUGACAUGCCUCCAACAUAUGUGAGUUAUAGCAUGAUAGCAAUGAUGCAGAAUGAAGGGUUCGAUUCCUACAUAAUGUCGUGCACUCCGUCGAAUAGCACUGUAUCUGGCAAGUCUUCGGUGACGGUUCUACAAGAAGGAAGAUGAAGGCUUGUAUUUUUCUUUUCUUUUUUGUGUGGGGAAGAUGAAGGCUUGUAAUUUACCAUUCUUAUUUAUUCUCCUCUUGAUAUUUCUAUAAGCGCUUGUAAUCACCUAUGACUUGAAUCUCCCUUUGCACAUCAUGUGACCCGAGUAU